AUAUAAGAAAUGGGGAUAGAAUAAAAAAGAUUAGUGCUUAAUCUUCUUCUCACAGGUCCCCCUCCACUGCCCUCUUUUUUCUCUCUCUUCAUCUUCACCAAUUUUUCAUCCAUAUUUUCUCUCAAAAAUUUGCCCUUUUUUCUUCUUUUGUAACCGUAUAAAAAUACUCCAAGAAACUGCUCAGAUUUUCAAGAAAGCCCUUUUUAUUAUUGACCCACAAAAGAUCUGCAGAUUUUUUGAGGGAGGUCAAAAUAUGCUGUAUGCAUAUUCACUCCGGAUGUAUUGAAGGAUUAUAGUUGUUUGGAGUAAGCUGCUAACUUAAAGAUUUAUUCUUGAUUUUGAAUGAAGUACCUAUCAUUUGAGUUUUGAUACAGUUACCGAAUUGGUCCUGAUGCAAGGUCAAAGGAGAGCAUUAAAUUCCUUCACUGAGACGAUGGAUCUAAAUCAGGAUCUUUACAAUGAUACCAAUAUGGAUCAAUCAGCUGCUUGGAAUAAUGUUUCGAAUUCAGCAGAGAGACGAUUGCCACAUAAUGCUAGGAGUUUUAGUGGCUGGGACUUGGGUGAAUCAAGCUCUAGUGCAAAUCCGCGAGAUCAGGUCUCUUGUGAUGGUUUAAAAGUAGAACCCUGUUGGCCAUCUUCACAAAAUAGUUUUGCUUCAAGCGAGGCAAGAUUAGAAGAACGUCGGUUUGAACCACCCAGUAUCCUUCGACAUGACAGAGUUAGCAAUGGUCCUGCGGGGAACCAAAUCACUUGGGAAAAUUUGAAUGUCCAGAGUUCUGAUUCUAACCAUUAUCCUGCGACCAUAAAUUUGAAUGAUAGUUAUCCCGAAAGCGAUGAUGAAGACGAGGAAGGUAUAUUUCCUAGCUUUUACAAGUCGGGCAGAUUUGCCACUGAGCCUUACCCAUCAGCAAGUAUGUCUACUGGUAAUGGCGGGACUUAUGAAAAUUCUCGAUAUAAUAAUGAUGGAUCGGGGUCUUCUAUGGGAAAUUGGGGUCCAUCUUGCAAGCGCAAGGCUUUUGAAGGGGGUACUUCUACACAGCCUUAUCCAGGUGGGAAUACAAGCUUCUUUCCACAGCCUGAGAACAUUGUUCCCCACAAUAGUCCUGCCCGUCAUAUUGCUUCUAACAGCUUGGGUAUAUCCUCAUCCUCAGCAAAUUAUCCAGGCGUUAUUCGUUCGGAACAGCUGAAUCCAAGGUUCAAUGUUGGUAUGAGAGGAUUCGUAUCUGAUGUCUUUCCUCCUGUAAACGUUUCCAGUACUAGGGAAAGCUCCACAAGAAACACUGGAGCCAGAAUAAAUUUGGGACAUCAGGAACCAGAUUCAUUUAGUUUUCCCCUAGCAGGGAACACCUUAAGGCAAUCUAAUGUUCGCUCUUUAAACCAAUCUUCUAGACCUACAUCACUUGGCGACUCAUCAGAAUUUGGAGCAUCAGUGCAGUUACCAAGAGAUUCAAGCAAUCCUUCAAACCAGUCUCAUGUGAUGCAAGGUCCUGGUUCUUUUUCAACUAGAAAUUUGCCUUCACUUUGGAAUGAUGCUCCUACAUCAAGGACAGGCAGUUCAGCAAGUUCUUUUACUGUUCCUCGAGGAAGAGGUACCGGAUUACAUGAGGAUAUAGGCUAUAGAAGCAACAUAAGAAACAAUGAUGAGCACCCCAUGUUUGCGCCAGCAACUCAGACACGAAAUAUGAUUCAAGAUCCAACUAGUUGGAGUUUAGCUACUGGGAGUUCAAGUAAUCCAGGAGGUGUUGCGUCUAGUUCUCGAGCUGGACCUAGUUCGAGUUCACAUCUUUUUCCUAAUGGAUGGCUACCCCAUCACAAUUUCUCAACACCAAAUCAGUUCAGGAUAUCAGAUUAUGCUCCCUGGAGUCUCUUUCCAUCUGGCGAGUCUGAAUCUGCUAUUCAGAGAGGACAGUUUUCGCCAUUUGCCUCAAGGCAGCCUUCUUCUCCAGAAGAAACGGCAAUAUCAUCUAGAUCUAGAAGUCAGGGUCAUAAUCACCCAUAUGGUAGGUCUGCUUAUAUGAUGGAUGUACCAGGCGACGAGGCUAAUGGUUGGCGAUCUUUAGCUGCUGAUAUUGAUGGAAGGCAGAGACUAGUAUCUGAGAUUCGUCAAGUCCUGAAUGUGAUGCGGAGGGGUGAAAAUAUCCGUGCUGAGGAUAUGAUGAUCUUUGAUCCAUUUAUAAACGGGGUUGCAGAGUUGCAUGACAGACACAGAGAUAUGAGGCUUGAUGUUGAUAACAUGUCUUAUGAGGAGUUGUUGGCACUGGAAGAACGAAUCGGUGAUGUGAAUACGGGAGUGAGUGACGAAGUCAUUUUGCAGUCUCUGAAAGAGCGAAAGUUUUCAGCAUUCAUGAGAGGACUUCCAUCACUUGAGCCUUGCUGCAUAUGUCAGGAAGAAUAUGUGGUAGGGGAGAGUAUCGGGACAUUGGAUUGUGGGCACGACUUUCACUCUCACUGUAUUAAGCAGUGGUUGCGACAAAAAAAUACUUGCCCCAUCUGUAAAAUGACGGGUAUAGGUUCAUGAAAGGCCCUUCAUAUCCUCGGAGAUGCUAUUUUUUUCGGGGAAAAGGAUCAUUGCAGUUUGUUGCUUUGAUUCAUAACUUUUUACAUACUAUUGUAACUUAAUUUCUCCUCCAAGAACACAUUCUCCAGUACUCAUGAACUACAUCAUUUGGCGAGGAAUUGCAAGUUCUAAAGCAUUUCAUGAAACUUUAGAUAAUUGCAAAAGUUAUAUUUGAUA